CGAAGAGCACCUGCCUUGCAUAGAGCGACUGGAGUUGCUGCUUAUCCAGGCCUGGCGCACCAACAUGGAGGGAGAGCUCCUCGCCUUCUUAUUCGGUACAGUAGGGCCCGACCAUCAGGAACUCAUCACGCAAGAGCUCACGAUUCCGGUAGCACAGCUGGCGGACGACCUCCCUCUUGACAUCAUCUCGCAAGACGACGAGCAUCCAGUUCCCUAUGUUCUUUCUCGCACCUUGACACCUUAUCUCCAGUGGUCGGCUUGUGUGGAGGGAGCCGCCGAGCGCAUCCCGCCGUCGCAGCAGCAGUAUUUGGAUCCCCGGACGGUUCGCGAUCCUGCCUUCUUCAGGCAUCCAACGGCAAAGCAGCUUGCCGCCAUUCAAGAGGAGGAAGAGGAGGAAGAAAGCACUGAGAGCGACGAAGGAGAAGACGAGCGGGAAGAAAGUGGGGAAAGCGACGAAGUACUCGGGGAAAAGGACGAAACCCCCGAAGAAGGAAGCUAUAGCGAGCAUAGCGAGGGGGAGCGGAGCGAAGAAGAAGAAGACGACGGAGAAGGAGAGGGGAACGAAGAAGGAUCUGCUGGAUCAGAGUGGGAAGCCGUGCCGGAAGAAGCGCUGCGCACAGGCACAGAGGCAGAGGAUCCUGAGGCGGCCCGUAAAAGAGAGGAGAUCGUGACCGGGAAGGAGUAAGAGCUCGCAAGCGUGGCGAGUCUGCAGAUCUGCGACGACCCGAACAGAGAUCUGGAGCCGCCCCGACCUGAGGAUGGUGACCUCACGGCCACGACUCCGACCCCAUCGGCACGGCAACGAAGCCGAUCCAGCUCCUCCCCAACCCGUCCCCCAGUUCGCCAACGUACCGAUACGGGUGAUUAGUCUUCGUCCCCGAUCGCUCUCUCGUCGUCCCCUUGAAUACCUCACCCUCCGCCAGCUCACCGCCCCUGUCACGUUCCCCUCUAAUCCGUUCCCCCGCAACG